AUGUGGAGGGGUUCAGAUAAGGCGAGUCCUGUAUUGGAUCCACAGAAGAAUAAUACUAUAAUUGGAUGGAAGAGAAACUUUUUUUACGAGAUCACAAAGACCUGGGCCAAACUCGGAUACAACAUGAUUGAGUAUAGCCUUCCCGACUCUACAUUGAACAAUGAAACAAUUUUGUUCAGAGACUAUGUUCUUUGCCUCAUCAAGAAGAAGAAACCACCACAAAUGAAUCACUUACAUUCACAUGAUAACUUUGAAGAACUAAUAGAGGGAGACUUGUUUGCCAUGUUAGCGGAAGAUCUUUAUCAUUUCACUCCAUUGCAACCAUAUGAGUCGAUUGAAUUGGGUGUCCCUGUGGCCCAAUUUGAAGGAUAUCCAUAUCAAGAACACAUGCGCAUGGCAGAAGAGCUGUCGAAUGGUGAUCAGGAAAAGGCUUUACAAGAGAGUGCAAUUUCCAUGAUACUGCCAAACUCAUCUG